GCGGCAAUGUGUGUCUACCUCUCCUUGCUAUUUACUUCAUCCUCAACAACACAACAGAGACUUCUCCUCUUCACCUCGCUGCCUCCCACACACAGUCUGACUGUCCUUAGGACUUUUCAGGAACUUUUUUUUUGCAGGGAUUUUUUCCUCAUAUUGUAGUGAAGAUGGGCAGCAGACAGAUAUCUAUCAGGAGAGCCACCUCUGCCGGGUACAGGAUGCCGGAUAGAGCCGCAAUCAAAAUGACCUCUGUGUCGUCCGUUAAUUUAAGUAAAUCGAAUCCUGGGACGCGACAGAUAACAUCAACGUCUGACAGAGAAAAGGAAAAGCAGAGCUGGGGCAACGCCGUCAGAAAGGACCACAUCUGGAGAGAGCUUGUAGAGGCCGAAAGACGAGGAGAAAAACUAUGGCAUGAGAACUGGAGUUUCCUGAAGGAAUAUGAUUCUCUGGGCAAUAAGAAAGAAGUAAAGCAGUUACCGGACAAGGUACCAGUUUUUUCUGACCAAGUCCCCAAUACUACCAACCAAAAUAUUGGAAGCAAGAUAAACACAGAUCUGGGUAAAACGCUGGUAUAUAUGGAUUUCCUACUAACCAGUGGAAAUCAGAAGAAGAAACUAGGAUCUGAACUUCAGCCGUGCUGAUCACCAGGAUGGAUGGAAAUACUCUAAUAAUGACUGAAAAACAUUUUUUUUUUUUACAACUUUGUUUGUGAUGUUGGAUGGAAGAACAAUAUCCUAAUGUAUUUAUUUAAAAACUAGGAGAACUUGGUGUUCUUGAGUGAGAACCAUGGAAUCCGUUCACCAUUGGGAUAUUAUUGAAAUUUUACCUCAAAAUUGUGAAUAAAA